AUGUCUGACGAGAACUACGGAAGCUACCAGAGUGAAGUCUACGGCAAGGGUACCCUGAUGGGUAUCCUGCCCAGUGUCACGACGGAUCCUCGGCUGUUGGAGGAACAGGCGCGGAAGGCGCUUGGAGAGCGCUCGUUUAAUUACGUCGCCGGGGGUGCAGGUGAGAAGGCCACGAUGGAUAGUAACCGAUUGGCUUUUCGGCAGUGGAAGUUAAUUCCACGGAUGCUGCGCAGUAUGGACGGCCAGGACGUUUCCGUCGAGCUGUUUGGACAGAAAUACGGUAGCCCGCUCAUCAUGGCCCCCGUCGGGGUUCAGGGUAUCUUCCACGAAGACAAGGAAACAGGCCUGGCAGAGGUUUGCGAAGAAAUCGGCAUCCCUUAUAUAAUGAGUACGGCUGCCACAAGCACUAUUGAAGAAGUGGCUGCAGCAAGCGACGGUGGUAAGCGGUGGUAUCAGCUAUAUUGGCCUCAAGAUAACGAUAUCACCCUGUCUCUUCUGAACCGGGCCAAAGCAAACGGUUUUUCGGUGCUGGUCGUCACCCUUGACACUUGGUCAUUGGCGUGGCGCCCGGCAGAUCUGGAUAAUGGCUACGUGCCUUUCCUCAAGGGCGUUGGGUGCCAGGUCGGAUUCAGCGACCCGGUUUUCCGGGAGAAAUUCGAGAAAGAGGCUGGUUGCACCAUUGAAGAGGACAUUGUGGGUGCAUCGCGUGCAUGGCUCGGUCAGGUUGCUGCCAGUGGACCACAUACUUGGGAAGAGUUGGCGUUUGUGCGGAAACACUGGGAUGGUCCUAUUGUCUUGAAGGGUAUUCAACAUGUAGAGGAUGCGAAGAUGGCACUGAAGUAUGGGUGCAAUGGCAUUGUGGUCUCCAAUCAUGGCGGUCGUCAGCUCGAUGGUGCUAUCGGGUCUCUGGAUGUCCUUCCCGACAUUGUCGAUGCGGUCGGUGAGCAAAUGACAGUGCUCUUCGACUCGGGAAUCCGAACUGGCGUGGAUAUCAUCAAAGCGCUUGCCCUGGGUGCCAAGGCCGUACUGGUCGGGCGACCGGUGAUUUACGGCUUGGGCAUCGACGGGCGCAAUGGUGCAAAACAGGUGUUCAAGGGCCUGCUGGCAGAUCUUUGGCAGAGCAUGGGACUGGCAGGGAUCCGAACGGUGGCCGAGUGCGACCGGACGGUGAUUCGCAGGGUGCAGCAUGCGGGCGAUGUCAAGGCGAUGAUGUAG